AUGAAUAACUCUGAUUCCCAUAUCGAUAAAAAAGCAAGAUUACUGAUGUCAGAGGAGAACAAUAACAACCACAACCAAGAAACUUUUGCCAAUGUUGGAGACCAAGCUCAAAGUGUUGACAAUACAGUCAGACAAACCGGAGCAGCCGAUGCAGAAGGACAUCCAGUUCAAGAAGUUGAAUCAUUGUGUAUGAAUUGUCAUAAAAACGGUACAACCAGAUUACUUUUAACAAGAAUUCCAUAUUUCAGAGAAGUUAUCAUAAUGUCAUUCGAGUGCCCUCAUUGUGGAUUUAAAAACAGUGAAAUUCAACCAGCUGCUCAAGUUGCCGAGAAGGGAGCAAGAUAUAUUUUGAAAGUUGAGGAUAAGAAAGACUUCAACAGACAAGUAGUUAAAUCAGAAACAGCAACGGUCAAAUUCAACGAAUUAGAUAUUGAAAUUCCUCCCAAGAGGGGCCAGUUGAUCAAUAUUGAAGGUAUUUUACAAGAUAUGAUUAUUGAUUUGGAAGCUGAUCAAGAGGAGAGAAAGAAGUUGCAACCGGAGUUAUAUCAAAAGAUUCAAGAAGUGAUAGAUAAGAUCAAUCUGUAUAUCAAUGCUGAACCAGGUACUUUACCCUUAACUGUCAGUAUUGAUGAUCCAGCAGGCAACUCAUGGAUUGAAUAUGUACCAGGAGAGCCAGCACAUAAAUGGGCCAUGUAUGAAUACAACAGAACUGCUGAACAAAACGUGUUCUUAGGACUUAUAUCAGCAGACGAUGUCGCCAAGCACAAGCAAGAAGAAAUAGAGAAUAAAAAGCAGGCCACUGUUGCUAAUGUGUCUUCAAGCUUAAACAAGAAAGAGGAACCAUCAACAGUGGUGGGAUUAUCCGAUGCUACAGAAAUUGAAAACCUUGAAAAUGAAGUGCAGACCUUUGAUGCCACUUGUUCAGCAUGCUACAAACCUUGUUCUACACACAUGAAAUCAGUCAACAUCCCUCAUUUUAAGGAAGUUAUAAUCAUGUCUACUGUAUGUGAUCAUUGUGGAUACAAGUCAAAUGAAGUGAAAACCGGUGGUGAAAUCCCAGCCAAGGGAAAAAGAAUAGUGUUGAAAAUCACUGACCCAGAAGAUUUGGCUAGAGAUAUUUUGAAAUCGGAAACUUGUGGAUUAAAUAUUCCUGAAUUGAAUUUGGAUUUGACGCCUGGAACAUUGGGUGGUAGAUUCACCACAAUUGAAGGAUUAUUGAAUCAAGUUUCAACCGAGUUACAUACGCGAGUAUUCACUCAAACUUCAGAUUCAAUGGAUGAAGAAACCAAAACUAGAUGGGUUACGUUUUUUGCCAAGUUGCAAGAUGCCAUUGAUGGAAAAAUUGGAUUCACUAUUGAUAUGGUUGAUCCAUUAGCUGCUUCCUAUAUUCAGAAUGUCUAUGCUCCAGACAAUGAUCCAAAUAUGAUUAUUGAAGAAUUUGAUAGAACUUUUGAUCAAAACGAGGGCUUAGGAUUGAACGAUAUAAAAACUGAUUAG